CAUGACCUCAAAGCACAAAAGGGAAAUCCACCUGGUAGUUGGGAGUUGAGCGCAGCUGCUGUUGCACAUUGAGUCUUGUGCUCAACAACAGUACUGAAAUUCCUUCCUUGGUUCUUGGCCAGUUUUUCCUGAGGUUUCCUUUUUAUUUUUUAGAAACAUUAUCAUCUGCUUUGCCUGCACUAAAUGCCUUCAACUAAAGAAUUUGUAUUAUGUCGCCUUUGUGGAUUUUAGACAACCAUAGAUUUAUUUACUUUUUAAGGACUCGGUGGCAAUUAUUAGAAUUUCUUGAAGUCAAUUUCUCCCUUAUUUUAAAUCGAGGACAUUUUUCUAAUAGACUCAUUGGCAUGGCUUAAAAUUUCAUAGAUGUCAUUUCCCCCUUAUUUUCUUUUGUUUCUAUUGAAAUUAAUAAUUGGGAUCAUCUAAAAUGAUUUAUUUAAUCGGCUAACCCCCUCAAAUCAUCCGGAGCGUGUCAAGGUUUGUUCAACCUUGAUUUGCCCUUGUGGUUGUGCGGUGCAGCGUGCACGCGUGCUUAAUGUAGUUGGACGGCGCGUUCAGGGCGGUGGCCGCGCUUGAAUGAGUGAUGGGUAGCUUUUUAAAGGUCUGGUAGGCGGCGCGUGUGCUGUAUUUACACCAGGCCCGCUCUCGCUCCCGCUCCGCCCUGCACGCCGCGCACAGAAAACUGAUGGUGGGCCGCUGGAGGAGGCGAGACAAGUGCAAACGGGGAUGUAAGCAAGAUCGUCCGGCUCCACUCCCUCCCCCGGCUCGACUGUAGCAUCCUCCUCCUCUUCUUCCUCUUUUCGGCGUAUUCAAACGGAGCUCGGUCCAAGUCUUUUUGUUUUCUCUCUCCCCCCUUUUGGGAGCUCCAUGACUGCGACACUGGCGAUGAGCGGAGGCGGCGGCGGCGGGCACGAGGAGCCCUUCUACCCGUUGCACAAGGCAGGAUUCCACUUCCACCUGGAGGACUUAGGCUUGGAGUUUAAGAUGAGCGACUCGGACAGAAGCGGUGUAAGCGUCUACACACAGGCAAAGUGUGAGAUGGACCGCUAUCUCUCCCCGGAGCCGCUCGCAGACGCUCAGAAGUCCCAAAGAGACAGCGCCGCAGAGGUGGAUCACUUCUUCGGGGAGGCACCGUACACCCUCAACAUGAAUCUCUUCCUGCCUGACGUGGCCUACCCGAGGUCGGGCUUGGCUCAGCCGCCGCGGCCCCCUCAGUCCCACGGGGACCUCGUGCAGAUCAAGACGGAAUCGGCGGCGCCGUGCUUCUCUCAGAACCUCCAUGUGGCCACGGGUAGCUGCGGCGCCAUGGAAACCAACCUUGCGGGCUUGCCUGACUUCACCAGCGCUUUCAAUCAACCUGGUGGCGAGGCAGUGCCGGAGGUGUUCAUCAAACAGGAGAUGACGUCGCCGUUCGAACAGCAGCUCCACCAGCAUGACGGCGGCGCCUCGCUCUUCCAGCUGCUGAUCUCCGGCUUGGAGCAUCACCAUGGCGACGGCAUGGAGGCUCACCACCAUCACCCUCAACAGCAGCAGCAGCAGCACUCCUCCGCUGUCCACACGUCCUUCCGUAGUCCCCAACAAGAGCAGACUGCUAAGUCUUCCUUCUGCGCCGGGCCCUCGUACUCUCGCCCGCACACCCACUUUUUCCAGCAGCAGGCGCCCUACCUGCCACCCUCGCCACCCAGCUCCGAGCCGGGCAGCCCCGACAGGCAGAAGGAGCUCCUCCACACCAUGUCGCCGCCGCCCUCAUACGCGGCCUCCAUCGCCUCCAAGCUGGCGGGCGGCGCCCCAGGACUAGCGAGCGACCCCCUGGCGCCGCCGCUGGCUUCAGGUGCUGCUCCCGCCGUCCCAGGGCAGGCAGCGCCACUGCCUCACGCCCCCGUGGCCACGCAGGCCCUGACAGCCGCCCGCUACAACCGCAGGAACAACCCGGACUUGGAGAAGCGGCGGAUCCACCACUGUGAUUAUCCAGGCUGCAAGAAGGUCUACACCAAGUCGUCCCAUCUGAAAGCCCACCUCAGGACCCACACGGGUGAGAAGCCGUACCACUGCACGUGGGACAGCUGCGACUGGCGAUUCGCCCGCUCGGACGAGCUGACGCGCCAUUACCGCAAGCACACGGGCGCCAAGCCCUUCCAGUGCGCCGUGUGCUCGCGCUCCUUCUCCCGCUCGGACCACCUGGCCCUGCACAUGAAGAGGCACCAGAACUAACACUUGACCACCAAAGCACUCGCUCAUGCCGCCAUUUUUUUUCCUUGUUGUUUUUCUAUGUUUUGGGGGGAGUUCUUGUUUUUUGUCGUCCCUCCGCUGAUGGGGAGCAAAGUCUGACCGACUCCCACGGGAGCAACUGGAAGCUUCAGAUACACUCAAAAGAAAAAAAAAAUUUGCAGCCCUUUGAUGAGUGGAAUGAUAGCACUUAACCCGCCGCCGCGUGUUAGCGUGAGGUUCGACCUGCGCGGAGUUUGCGUGUUCUCUGGGUACUCGGGGUUCCCACAUUCCAAAAACAUGCACGUUCGCUUCAUUGAAGACUCUAAAUUGGCCUCAGUUGUGAGUGUGACUGCUUGUUUUUCCACGACGGAUGAAAUUUUAUGAUGAACCGAAAAUGCAGUCAAACCUUUACAAGUGAACUUGGUUUUGAAAUCCAAAUUUCAGGGCCCCCAAUGCACCAUUCGGUUCAGUAUGUUAUUCAAGCAGUCGUCUUCGGCACGUCGGAGAUGGGCGUCAUAUUCCAAACAGUUGGAAUAGUCCAUCUCGAAGGGGGAGCGCUUGAAAGCAUCAUGAUGAAGUCAAGCACUUGGAAAUUCGACCAAAACACGAGUAAUUGUUUUAAAUCAGUUUUGAUGAGCCGUUUGAGGGCCCCUUGGAAAUCUCCAGCUGCCCGGCAAUUGUUUAAUGCUUAAAUGUUUAAAGAACACUUGUGAAGUUUUCUCAAGUUCAUCUGUAAAGGACAUUUCUGGUUCAUCGUUUGUAUAAAUGGAUGAAUGAAUGUGUGAAACUAGUCAAGCCAAAUCCUAUUUUGUUACUUCCUCGAACUGGAAAAUCCAGAUUGUGCUUUUUCUUUUUUGUUUGUUCUACAGCCAUAUUCUUUGGUUUGCACU